AUAUUUGUAGAGGCAGGGAGGGAGGCAGACGUUGACAUGGGUGAAACCCGUGGCAAAACGUUUCCAGCACUCAAUCGCACGCAAUUUUCGCACGCUUCCUUUCUAUAUGAAUAUGAAUGAAUGAAUGAAUGAAUGAAUGACUUCCUCUGUCACCAUUCAACAAUCCAAAUCCCCCAUUGAUUCUGGCUACCAGAGGUGUGAUCAAUGGCACUUUGUAGAACUGGGCCAAACACGAUUCCGAAUAGUAAUGGCUUAGCUAGUUCAGCUAGAAAUUUGUCGACAAGACUUGUUUUACCAGUUCCCCUGGGUUUCACUGGACAGUUAUCUAACUUAGGCAGGAGAAAACACAGGGGAGUAGUAUGCUCAUCAUUAAGGAAAUCUGCAUCUGCAUCUUCUAAGGAGUCACAAGAAGAAGAUGCUCCGAGUACCCUUUCAGUUUGCUUGGAGGAGGAACUGGGUCAUGUUAUACGGUUCAAAAUGUCAGACUUUAAGAUUUUAAAUCAUGUUAGCAUUGGCCUUGGUGGACGGGGGGAUGAAUUAGUUUUUGAAGGCAAGGUGAAGGAUAGUGGUAGCCCUUUGUAUAGCACAAGAGUUGUACUUCGACAGCUUUCUAGUGCCCAAGCUCAACGUCGGGGCAAACGAGCAAUAGAGGUAUUGAAGAAGCUGGUUAGACGUAAACUUUUGUAUCAUUCUUACUCGAUGCAAGUUCAUGGCUAUAUCUCUUUGCCAGAGAGUAAUGACAGUGGCUCAUUUAUCCUAGUCCAUGGGUAUCAUGGUAGUUUUUCUUUGAGACACUGGCUUCAACGGUCAGAUUGGCUUCCAACUUUAGAGGCCACUCUUGCACUGGACGAAGAGUCUGUUAGGAAGAUAGGAGAAGACACAACUGGAGGUCCUGCAGUUUCUAGGCAGUUGCGACUUAUUCGAAUAUUGAUGAGGGAUCUUCUGAUCGGGGUAAAUUACCUGCAUAGCCAUGGUUUUGCCCAUACAGAGUUGAGGCUGGAAAAUGUGCAUAUAAGCCCAAUAGACAGACAUAUCAAAGUAGGUAUACUUGGAAAUGCUGCUGACUUUCAUGUGGAAGGUUCAAAUAGCGGCACUAUGGACAGCAUGGACAGGCGGCAGAUGAUGAUUGCUUUUGACAUGAGAUGUGUCGGUUUCAUAAUGGCAAAAAUGGUAAUACGAGAGCUUAUGGAACCUUUGAUCUUUGCAAAGUUCAAAUCAUUCCUCACAAAGGGGCAUGAUCCUUCAUGUUUGCGAGAGCUUAUGUUGGAAAUCCUUGGUAGAGGUUCCCCACAUGGAAAUGCUGGCUUACAAAUACUUGAUAGGAACUGGGGUGCUGGUUGGCACCUCUUAUCUUUAUUACUUGCAACCAAAUCUUCUCAAAGGAUAAGUUGUUUGGAUGCUCUAAGACACCCAUUCCUUUGUGGACCAAGAUGGCGAGUAGUCCCAUCAAUGGAUAUUAUAAGAUGGGGUCUGGGUUCUACUGCAAUGCGUAUCAGCGAGGAAUAUAUUUAUGGUCAGCCUCAGCGCAGUAGGCUUGCCCACUUCAUUGACUUGAUGGAGAUGUUGAAUCCUAAUAAAAAGCCAAAGAACUGGCUGGAGCUGCUUCCCGGCAAAUGGCGUCUACUGUACUGCACUGGGAAACAUGUAGGGCUGACUCUUCGCCAACCUCCUGCCCGCGUACUCAUUGGAGACGUGCAUUUAACUGUGAAAAGGCCAUCGAAGUUGAAAUCCAAUCUAUCAUUCACCUCUGACAUUGGCUUCUCUGUCAUGAUUGGUCAGGACUGGCCUCAUGACAAAACUGGUAAAAGUGGAACAGUGCAGGUGAGUUCUUCAUUUGAAGUAAAAGCUGGUAGAAGGUUAUAUCUGAAGCAAGACAGUGUCAAAGAGAACUUCUCAUUUGGCCCUUCUGCCAAUGAGGAGGCUUUAGCUCAGAAAUUUACUAGCACUAAAUGGAGGAAAAUAGUCCCUUUCAAGGAGUUUCCAUCGAGUCUUCCCGCUGCUAAGCUUGUAUCAAGUGAUGUUGAUGUCACAAUGAGCCUUGAUGACCCGUUAAAUCGAAGCGUAGAGACGGCUAGAAAUGUUCUUCAAGAACUAAGAACACAGAUCCCCCCUGAAAUAUUUGAUUUAUCAAAGAUUGUUUGUGGAACAUAUGUGGACUCUAGGCUGCUUGUCCUUCGAGGGGUUAAUGGGUCAGCUCUCCUAUUUACAAGGUCUUUUGUGGAUAGAAACAGUUCUAGCUAAUUGUUGCUGUAGCAGAUUUUAUAGCGAUGUGAAUUUUGUAGGUUUGUACAUAAUUACUUUAUGUGGAGGAUAUUUAUGGUUAGACAGAAAAUGAAAAUUACUUCCCCUCCACCAAGAACUGGUUAUCCCUGGUUUGAGUUCCCCUUCAUUUUUCGAUUGAUGACAGAAUGUAAAAAUUGGAUUAUUUUCAAGUA